UUUUUUUUUUUUAGAUGGAGUCUUACUCUGUCACCCAGGCUGGAGUGCAGUGGUGCAAGCUCGGCUCACUGUAGCUUCAACCUCCUGGGUUCAAGCAAUUCUCCCACCCCAGCCUCCCAAUUAGCUGGGAUUACAGGCACCUGCCACCAUGCCCCACUAAGGACUGGACAAUUCUUAAAGGGUCUGUUUACAUUGUUGGACCAGAGUAAACUGAAACUGAAUUGGGUCUUGGGUCUAUUAAUUUUCCUGCUACUAAGAGGUGGGGGCUCCAGAGACACAGCAGGUUUUUCACGGACAAGAUGAAGCUGCUACCUUUCUCUCUGCAUCUGAUUAACAGUAUGAGUUGAAUUUUGAGACUCAGACUCUGCAAUAUGGAGAAGAGUAGGAGGAGAUGAAGUUGCUGAAGUUUUGGUAAAUAAGAUAGAUAAGUAAGGUAGAUAAGAAUCCUUAGAGACUUUUGGAUUCUCUAUAGUUAGAUAUACUCAAUAUUCUUCCACCUAUAUAGAUCCAUUUUCAGGAAAACAAAGAUCAGGAUGGUAGAUUAAAAAAGAGAUUUCAUUAUAUUUCAGUAGGCUUGCAGACUGACUUCUUUUAUAUCCAGAAUCCACAGGGAGCACCAUGUGUAUGGUGGAGCCAUGAAGCAUAUCUAUCCUGGGGUAAGCCCAAAGUACUUCUUUAAAAUGUUGACACAUCCAGCAUGGCCAACAUGGUGAAACCCUGUCUCUACUAAAAAUACAAAACUUAGCCAGGUGUGGUGGCAGGCACCUGUAAUCCCAGCUACUUGGGAGGCUGAGGCCAGAGAAUCGCUUGAAAUUGGAAGGUGGAAGUUGCAGUGAGCCAAGAUCACACCAUUGUACUCCAGCCUGGGAGACAAGAGUGAAACUCCAUCUCAAAAAAAAAAAAAAAAAAAAAAAAAAAAUGCUGACACAUCUAAAGAGAAAGAUAAACUGGAAUUCCACAUCCAGUCUACAACCCAUCUCCAACGUGAAACAGGUGACACUGCCUAACGUGCUCAUUUUUACAUUCAGCGAGUGUUUGCUGAUGGCCAGCUUCAUGUCAGGCACAGCACUGAAUGCUGGGGGAUACAGUUCUUGGCAUAUGGCAAUUGCUCCACAGAUGUUAGUUAAAUAAGUGAAUGAAAACUAUGCUCCCUAGCUGGAGGCAGACUUACCUCAAUAAGGCUUAACCCUAAGCUAGUGGUUCCCAAAUUUUGAUUCACAUUGGAAUCACCACAGGGUCUUUAAAAAUGCCAGUGCUUGGUUUCUACCCCCAGACAUUCUGAUUUAAUUAAUAUGGCGUUCAAACUGGGUGCCAAGACUUUAAAGCUCCCCAAGUGGUUCUACUGUAUGACAAAGUGUAGGAACCAUGAGUUUAAUGGCCCCUCACUUGGUCACAUGGUCUCCUUCUGCACCUCUGGGAGGUGCCUAGCAAUUUUGAAUGUGAAAUUCUAUAUUAUUUUUUAUUAAACAAGGCGCCCAACUUGAAUGAUUUUCAGGUGCCACAAAAUCUGAAUCUGCCCUUCCCCAUCCUUGAGGCAGUCUUAGUCCAGUCAGCUGAUUGCUUAGCACGAGCUUUUCAGAAGUGUAAUUUGGCUGAAGAUGCAGAUUAGCAGCCGUCUUAUGGCUACCACCACAUGACAGCUAAACCGUUACAAGCAACAGAUGUCAUUCUUUGUGCUUUGUCUCUCUUAUUUUUUUGUCCAUGACCUUACAGGGAUUUUUGCAUGCUUUCAGAGGGAACUCCAGUAUGGAGUGGAAGCAUUGGUUGCUACAAGUGCAAGGUUCUGUAGUUUUAUUGAGUUUGUUUGUUUGUGAGACGGAGUUUUGCUUUUGUCACCGAGGCUGGAGUGCAAUGGCGUGAUCUUGACUCACUGCAACCUCCUGCUCCCGGGUUCAAGUGAUUCUCCUGCCUCAGCCUCCCGAGUAGCUGGGAUUACAGGUGCCCGCCACUAUGCCUAGCUCAUUUUUGUAUUUAUUAGUAGAGAUGGGGUUUCACCAUAUUGGCCAGGCUGGUCUUAAACUCCUGACCUCAGGAGUGCUGGGAUUACAGGCAUGAACCACUGCAUCCAGCCUUUUUUUGUAUUUGCUAUAGAUAUGGGGUUUCCCCAUGUUUGCGCAGGCUGGUCUCAAACUCCUGAGCUAACGCGAUCUGCUUGCUUUGACCUCCCACAGUACUGGAAUUACAGGCAUGAACUUUGCGCCUGGCCUGAAUUUUGUGUUAUAUUGAUUGGGUUUCAUGGUCAGCAUAAAAUUUUUGCCUUUAUAGCAUUUCCAGCACAAGGCCUUUGCAAGAAAUGCACCAUGGUCCUUUUCUGUGUCCCUGGAGUUCUCUGCCCCACCAUUCCCCUACCCUUCCUGGAAGAGUUUUCUGGUGACACUUAUGAGGCUAAUUCAGAGCUCUACAAAAUUUAUUCAAUGAUUUUAUUACUGCAGCAAACAAUACUGGUUUCUGCUGUACAUGUAAGCCUGCUGGCAGACAGGAUGGUCUGUGCAACUUCCUCUUCUGUUCCUUUGGCCAGGUGCACACCUGGAAAUAUGUCUCUGUGACACUGGAGUGAGCAAACACACAGCUUAAAAGAGAGAGAAGGGAGCUCACUGUGCAAGAGCUGAUGCCAGGCUCUCAGCAAUGUUUGGAAGUGGCUGAACUUGCUAAGUGGCUGACUGUGUUGCAUUUACUCAUUCAUCUACAAAGUAGAGGCUGCUCUGGGGUUCUCUAAGGUUUCUUUUUCCUGGCCAGGCUUGUCGUGAGUCCUGGCCCCUUCGGUAUGUCAGACACUUCCUCAGCAGGUCACAUUCAUGUCAUGUGCACAUCUAAUUAUCAGUGGCUUUGUUGCCCACUGAGGAAAAUGGACCCUCCCCAUCCAAGUGACCAAAAAAAAAAAAGGCAGUUUAAGGUCAUGGCUGCUGCUCUCUGUAGUGAGGGCCUGGGGCUUUAUUGAUUACUUUCUGCCACAAUGGAGCCUGUAAAGUCUUCUAAUAUCUGGCACCCAUGAGGAGGUUCCCCUGAUUAGCCUCUUCUGGGGUGGGGUAUGGGGCAUUAAUGCUAUGUAGAUAGGAUUCUCCCAAAGAUGAGAGGAAGCUCUCUCCUUCUGUUCAUUUGGAACUCCAGGUGCGGCAUUCCUUGUCUCUCCACAUGGUGUAUUUUCUUCUUUUAACUCUCCCAGAUGGUCACAUUUGGAUUCUCUCAGAGUCUUCCUGAUUUCCAUGAAAGCUUGGCCACACUACCUUAAGCUCAGUUGGAGAAACCAGCAAGGGAGGUUAAUCAUCACGUUUGCUCAUUUCCCCUGAUGUAGACUCAUCAUACCCUUUCUUAAAAGCUUCAGAGAUCAUUAAUUUGACAAAUGGUACUCGCUUUGCUUUCUGCAGUCCCAACAAAUCCUGUUUAACUUGUGGGAGAAAAGUCUAGUGGCACUGUAUGAGCAGGGUGAUAAUGCCUCUUUGAAAACACAAAGCAAACAUUAAGACAGCAGACGCUGAGGGAAAGCAAGUGUGCCCAAGCAAUGGGGCCUAUUUCCCCUAGCACAGGUGAUUCUCAUGCUAGAAGAUAGUCUUCCUCAUCCCCAAAAUCGGAGUAGCCAGCACUUCCUAAUGAUCCAGACCAUUCUAUGUUUUUAUAUUAAUGGCAUUUUUGCACAGUUUGCUUUAUUAACUUGAGCAGGAAUAUUGCAUGGUACAACUCCGGGGGGCACCAUUCACUCUGUCUUUAAUGUAAAUCAUGUGUCAUAGUCUUAGAAUGUCUUGGCUCUUCCAGAUGGUAUUGGGUGCUUUCAUAAUUUGUCACUAAAGGAUUAGGAGGUUUCUAUAUGACUCAGAACCCAAAGUUAAUGAAGUCCUAAAAACCUGAAGGAACUGAAAAAUGAAAUAUAUCCUUUGGGUUCCUUAAUCUACUUUUUGAAAUGUUGUGGUACAUUGAGGUAAAAUGUUUCCCAGGAUAGGUGAGGCCUUAGAUUCUGUUCCCCCUCUGUCACUUACUGUGUGACUUUUGGCAAACUGUAAUGCAUAACAAAGGAAAGGCUUUGUCAUGAUCAAUACCUGUUGGGCCAUUUUGCUCAAUGUGUUUGAAAUGGCAGCAAGCCAACAAUUCGCGAGGUGAUGUGUUGAAGCAGAGAUGUUCAAGUGAUAAAUAGGGUUUCCAAUUGUAAUUUUUAAAAGUGUCAUUGAGAACUGAAGGGGACUUGGAAUGAAAUUUGUGUAGUGCUGUGUGUAAACAGACUUGUACACCACUCUUCCCGUAAAGCCAUUUGGGUGUUACCCGAUACGAGAGCUCGCUGAAGAUGUCAUGUUGUGAAGAUUACUGUGCUUUUUGCAGGGAUAUUUGGUAGAUCUGGAUCUUGAAGACUCAGGAGAUUAUGUCCUGGCCUAACCUCUCUCCUCCAUCCCUUUGCCUCAUCAAAUUAAUUUCAAUUUGAACAUGGACAGAAUGCCAUAUGGCUUCUAACAUCUGAGGUCUUGAAGGAGCAGCUCUGUUUCAUACACGUGGAUGCAUAAAUGGAGCUUUGACCUUCCUGAUUAAGGAUGACAGAGAGCAUUUUGUUUUUGUUAUCAUUUCUUGAAUUUCUCUCACAUUUCACAUAGAUUUGCUUUUUUCUUUUUUUUUUUUUUGAGACAGUCUCAAUCUGUUGCUCAGGCUGGAGUGCAGUGGCACGAUCUCUGCUCACUGCAACCUCCACUUUGUAGGUUUAAGUGAUUUUCGUGCCUCAGCCUUCCAAAUAGUUGGGACUACAGGUGCCCACCACCAUGCCCAGCUUCAUUUUUGUAUUCAUAUAUUCCUUCUCAACAAGCAUGUAUUGGAUAAUUACUUAUUAAGAGCCUUCUCUGUAAUAGGCACUAUGCUGGAUCCUGCCCUAGAGGUGAAAGGCACAGUUCUUGCCCUGAAAGAGUUUAUAGCCAAGGAGAGAAACAAAGAAAAAAAUACAAUGUCAUAGAAUUAAGCUUUAAGGAGCAUUCCCAUGGCAACUGUGGUUUCUGGAAAAUGGUUGUAGCUUGUGACAGGGAUCUCCUUCGAGUAAAUGAUAAGAUCUAAGCGUGUACAUAUUCGUUCACUGGAGUUCAAAUCACGUUUCCUCUUAGAAGAGGUAGUAUGAUGAGUAAAACAGCACAGGGUUGAGAGAGAGAACAGGUGGUUUCUAGUUCUCUAUGCCAUUUACAAGCUGUGUAACUUUAGAUAAGUUACUGAACCAUCUGAGUCUCAGUUAUUUUAACGACCAAAGUAAACAAUAUAAAUAAAAGUACUUUGUAAAAUAUAAAGCACUAUAUAUAUUUUAGAGAUUGAUAUCAGGAAAAAGCCUUCAGUUUGCUGUAGGCACACAAUAUAUAGCUGAAGAAUAGUAAGCACAAUUUUUACUUUAGGCCUAACUUUUUCCCUGAAAGGACAUUUUUCUUAGCCACACAUAUAAAUCACAUUGUAAUGUCCAAAACUGUUCUUUUUACCUAAAUUUCCGGUCACAGACAAUUAGCAUGCAUUUUAAACUCUCAGUUUACAAUGGUAUUACAAUCUCUACACAUCAGCCUAAGAAUGAUUUUGGAGAGAAUGAUUUUUCCUGAGGUGUGCAUACGUGUGGCAAGGCUACACUUUGCUUUGAUUUUACUGCACACAAAAAGGAAAGUUCUCUACACUUUCCGUAUACCACGUACUCAUAUUUGGUUUACUUCUUAAAUGACUCAACACCAGCAAUUCAGUAUGACUUUUACUAUCUUAAAAGUAUAACAUCUUGGGAUUAUAACUUUUAAAAAAUAAUUGCACAGAUCAUGAAUGCUUGUGUUCCUUUCCAAACCCUGGUAAGAUACUUGGAUUGGGGGUUAAAACAUGUAUUAAAUGUUCCUCUCCAUGAUGUUAUACUUUGUUGAAAUUUAUUGAGGUACCAUAAAGAAAGUAAAGAGGAAGGAAACUUGUAAUUACUGAGUACUUAUUGAGCGCUAGGACCUGAUCUAGGGAAUUGACAUCCAUGUGUUAUCUCAUUAACACAAUUCUCACAAAGGAGAUAAUAUUAUAUCUAUCUUUUCUGGAUGAAGAAAGGUUUAGAGAAGUUAAAAAUUUGUUGACGCUCACACGGGUAGUAAGUAGAAGAGUUGGAAUUUGAAUUCAUAUUUGUCUGAUAAUAAAGCCCUCCCCCAUUUUUACCUAAAAACGGUUCCUUUUCUACAUCUAUAAUACACAAACAUUGAACUGCCAUCAUGUAAAAUGCUGUACCAGUUUUACUUACCUUCCCAAGGCGAGAUAUGAAAUGACGAAGACAGCAAGACUCUAGAAUGGAAACUCUUGGACAUAUGAGCAUUUUGAAGUAUAAUACCCAUGCGAUCUUUCUGGAAAAAAAAUAUUCAAGGACUUACUUCAAGAAAAUAAAAAGUAUAUUCAUGGUAUAGAAAAACAGUAACUUAUGGGUCAAAAACCUAUGGUUUAAUAAAAAGGAGUCAAACUUCAGGUAGGAUGGUUCCAGGUACCUAAACCAUGCCUUAGGCCCUGGUUUCUCUUCAACUGUCACUAGAUACCACAUUGGCAUCACCCUCAAGCCUUCUUCACUAGAUGACUUCUGCAAACUUCAGGCUUUUAUCCCUCAAAGUUAAAGAUAAGAACGAGAAACUGUCUUCUAAAUUGCAAACAGAAGUCUUGGGCCUUAUUCUUACUGGUCCAAAUUGGGUCAUGUGCUCAUUGUUGAACCAAUUAAUCUGGCCAAAAGCUAUUGAACCCUCUCAUUGGCCUGUCCAGAGUCCUGCAACUGUGCUAGAAAUGGGGGAGAGGGCAGGAGUAGAAGUAGGUUCAACAAAGCUAAUGCACUGAGACUGGGAGAGGAAGAAGAAAACCAGAGUUUUUUUCAACAGAAGAAAAGGGAAUAGAUGCAGAGCACUAAAAACAGUAAUGUCCAGUGACAAUGGUCAAUAAUAAUCUGAUUGAACAUCUAAAAAUAACUGUUAAGAGGUGGGGCACGGUGACUCACGCCUGUAAUCCUAGCACUUUGGGAGGCUAAAGCAGCUGGAUCACUUGAGGUCAGGAGUUCAAAACAGCUUGGCCAACAUUGUGAAACCCUGUCUCUACUAAAAAUACGAAACAACUAGCUGGGCAUGGUGGCCAGCACCUAUAAUUCCAGCUAGUUGGGAGGCGUAGGCAGGAGAAUUGCUUGAACCCAGAAGGCAGAGGUUUCCAUGCCACUGCACUCCAGCCUGGGCAACAAAAAAUAAACAAACAAAACCUAUAUGAGUAUAAUUGGAUUGUUUGUAACACAAAGGAUAAAUGCUUGAGGGGAUGGAUAUGCCAUUUUCCAUUAUGUGAUUAUUACACUUUUCAUGCCUUAUCAAAAUAUCUCGUGUACUCCAUAAAUACACCUACUAUGUACCUAUAAAAAUUAAAAAUUAAAAAACAAACCCCUGUAAUGCCCUCUACAAACAAUGAAUUGACAAACCAGGAAAAUUGUUAGGAAAGAUCAAAUAAUCACUAAUUGGUUUAAUGUAAUAUUUGAUGCAAUUGUUAAAUGUUAAUGUACUAACAAUUUGCAAAUAAAAUUCCACAUGCUUUUAACACAUAUUUGAGGCGGAGUAAAUAUUUGUUGAAUGAACAAAUGAGACAUUGGAAGGUUUAGGGGUGGGGGAGGCAAGGGAAAAGAGAAGUAAGAGCAUUCCAAAUGCCUUGUCUUGUUAAGGAGAGAGGUUGUAAAUACUGAGUAAUCUUGGUGUUGAUAGGAAUAUAUACAUUUAAAUAUGUUUAUUGAUCAUUUGAGGAUAAUCACUAUUGCACUAGGAAAAAGAUGUAGAAUUUCUAAACCACGGGAUUUUUAAAAAAGGACCAGAGAAAAUUUGAUCAAGCCAGCAAAGGUCAGACUGAGAAAGAAAAAGAAAGAAAUUUUAAGACUCAAAACACCAAUAAUAUGAAUGGGAUAGAUUACAUUAUUAAAAGAUAAAUAUUCUGUUUGGAGACAAAAUCAGUUUUGUUUUUACAGGGACAAACUUAAAACAACACAAUAAAGGCAGGGAUAAAAAUUAAGUAAUAACAAAACAGAGCAGAAAUUGCAAAACAAAGAACAGAAUCAAGGGGGAAAACAUUAAAAAGACACGGGAUAGUUUAUAUCUGUAAGUGACACAAUUAAUAAGAUGUAACCAUAAACUUUAAAAUAAACAAUAAGAGCAACUAAAUAUGUUAAGCAAAUUUUGUUAGACAUACCAAGAGUAAUUAUUUAAAAAAUUGUAGGAAAGUUAAACUCAUCUCUCAGAAGUGGAAAACUAAGUAAAAGAAAAAAAAUAAUAAUAAGGACAUAGAAGAUAUGAAUAAAAUCAAAUCUAGCACUCACUAUGUGCCAGCAGUAUUUUAAAUGUUUUAUAACUAUGAACUCACUUAAUCCUCAUAAUAAUCCUAUGAGACAGAAAUUUUACAGACUGAGAAACCAAGGCAUGGAAUAAUGAAAUAACUUGCUUGAAGUUACACAGCCAAGUAAAUGGCAGGACUUCAUUUGGCUCCACAGUUCAUGCUCUUAAUUCCUAUACUCUAAGUGCACACGUAUAUUGACCUUUGUACUCUAUGGUAAAGGCUAUUUGGGCUCUCUGUAUUUGGUUUUUAUCUUCUUGAGCUUAUGGGAAGAUUAUGUUUAACAACCCUCUUGUAGUAAGCAAGAGUGAAGUGAUUAGUGAUAGCCAAUGAGUUAAAUGUCAAAGCAUUUAAAAGCUGGUAUUUCAUCUCAAAAUUCUCUUCUUUUUUGGUGACAGCCAUGGAUUAAGAUGGCAGAGCCACGAGAUGAAAAUUGCCUGCACACAGAGAACCACAUGGAGAGGAGUUGCCCUGGAGAGUAUGUUGAACUUAGGGUGAAAGUGAAAUAAGCCUUUAUUAUGUGAACAUAAUAAAUGAGAAUUCAUCAUUGCAAGUGUGUUUGCUCUAUCCUGAUUGUUAUAUACCCCAAAAUGGAAAUGUUACAUUCUUUUCAAAUUAAAUGGGACAUCCAGAUAAUUAGAUGAUAUAAUAAGUCACAAAUAACUUUUCCAGUUAUCCAGAAGCUCCUGUAUAUGCUCUUUCUCAAUCACAGCUCCUGCCUUUCUCCAAAACAAAUCACUAUCCUGAUUUUUAUAAAAGUCACUUAUUUUUAAAAAGUGCCAUUAUUUUUUUCAGGUUCAUUUUCAGAUGAUAUGAUUAUAUACACCUGGGAAGUCAAGAGACUUACCUGACUGGCCUAAUAGAACCCAUGAGUUCAGCAAGAUGAACGCUGCUCCUCCAAUCACUCUCACUUUCCUUAUUUCUUCUGUGCUUCUAGAACAUCCUCUCUCUAGGCUGCUUACUUUCAAAAAGCAAAAACAAACCAAAAAAUCUCUCCCUUUACCUCAAAUUUCUCUCCAUUUUUCUGCACCCCUUUACAAUGGGACUCCCAAAAGAUCUCUGUGACCUAAUCUCAUCUCUGCCUCUAAACUGGUUUCCCUCCGCCCUACACCACUGAAAUUGCUCAUCGAGAAUCCCAGUGCUGUCUCUGAUGCUGAAUCUAUUGGUUACAUGUCUGUCCUCAACUUGAAGUAGCAUUCAAGGUAACUGAUGAAUCCUUCCUUCUUAAAGCAUGUUCUCCUCUUGGUUUCUGUAACAUUACAUUCACCUUAGUUUCUCCCUCCUUGGUGUCCACUCUGAAGAACCUCUGAAACUUGAUGUGCUCCAGGGUCCAGUACUGGCCUCUUGUCUCUCUGUAUAUUCUCUCUGUAGGAAAUUUCAUCCAGUCUCUCUAGCGCUGUCACCCAGGCUCUGUCAUCAUGGCUCACUGUAGCCUCAAACUCCUGGGCUCCAGUGAUCUUGGCACCUCAGCCUCCAGAGUACCUGGGACUACCAUGCCUCCCUAACUUUUUAAAAUUUUGUAUAGAGACAGAGUCUCACUUUGUUGCCUAGACUGGUCUUGAACUUCUGGGCUCAGAUAAUCCUCCCUCCUCAGCCUCCCAAAGUACUGGGAUUACGGGCAUGACCCACCCUGGCCGGCCUAUAUACUAUCUUUAUAAUAUGAUCGUUAUGCCAGUGACCUCUAUAUUUAUAUCUGCAGCCUCUUUCUGAAUUUUAGAGCUUGAUUUAAUGCCUACAUGACAUCUUCAUUUGGAUAGCUAGGAGGCAUCUCAAAUUUAACAAGUCCAAAAACAAACGAUUUUCUCCUCCCUGCAAAGCCUGUUCUUUGUCUUCCCAGUCUUUGUAAGUGGAACGGCACAACCAACCCAAUUGCCAAGUAAAAAGCCUAGGAGUCAUUCUUGACCCCUUUCCCUUACCAUCUCCUUAUCCUGCCAUCAGCUGAAUCCUAGUGACUCCAUCUCCCAAGCAUGUGCUCAGUUGGUCUUCCAUUCUCCUCAUCUCCACUCUACACUGGAACUUCCAAGAGGCCUAGAAGUGAUUCCUCAUCUCCAUGCUACCUCCACAUCCAUCACUGUGUCUCAGCCAGAACCCUUCAGUAGCCUUUCAACCCAUCUCCCUGCUUCCACACUUACUACUUGCCUCAACUAAUCUCCAUCUGUCUGGCUAAGAACUUGGAAGAAAGAGAAGAGUGUGAUUUUGGGACCCUCUUGAACUCCAGCCUAAAAGCUUGAUUUGACUUUAUAAAUUUUUAAAGUUUUCAGCUACAAGACAUCUGAAAUGACGUUAAAGGCAAAUGAAAGCUUGGAUGACAGCGCUGCAUAUUGCAGACAGUUCAUAUCCGUAUAUUGAGCAUUGAGCGGUGAAAUAAGUUCACAUGUGAACGAAUGUCUGAAAAGAUGCUUGGCUCUGCUAAUAAUUAGAAAAAUACUAAUUGAAAAAUUAGAUACUUAUUUGUGCUAUUGAGAUUGUCUAACAUUAAGGCAAUUAAGAACAUCCUCUGUUGACAAGGACGAGGAAUGAUGUUUUAUUUUCUUUUGAAUAGGAAUGGAGAAAAGAGUCUCUUAUAAUAUACUGUGUUACAUAUACAGUCCUUUGCGAUAGGAGCUAAUCGACUGACUGCACAACCAAUGAAUACCUAUUUCAGUUUUUUUGCUUCUGUGUUGUGUUGUUCACAAUAGCAUGUUACAUAAUUUUUUGCUCAUGUAGAAUGCUUCUCUGCUUGCAGCUUAAAAUAUAUAUUUUUUUGUUUUUUUUUUGAAAUAUUUUUAACUUAGAAGGACACUGAACACUUCUCUUCUAAAAAGUUCAACUGUUGCUCUGCCUCAAGGAACAGGGGAAGGCACCAAGAGAAUAAUGAGGCAGGACUGGGCUAUUAACAGCCGGGAAGCACAGAGAGGUGUGGGACGUGGGGGAUUCCUGCUUUGGUCUCCAACAGGCGAGAAGCAUUGCAGUCCUGUAGCAGUCAUUAUGUCGAUAAUAGACGUUAUCUUGGUUUGGAGGGAAUGUCCACCUCUGGAUUGUUCAAUGUUAGUCAGACUUCUGAUGGCCUAACAUUCACUUAAUUAAAACACCAGUCAGAUACACGCAUAGAUUGAGGCGUGCGAGUCUCGGGGCGCAGGCGGGCGGGACUGCCAGCAGCCUGCCGGGCUCAGGUGUGUCCUGCACAGCAGUGCGUGCAUCCUUAGGCCCGGAAACGCGGUAGAAUGACUCUCUGCCUUUCAUGAGAAAAGGGUACCGUUGGCGUUAGCUCAUCAGAGCGCUGCUUUACAAACAAAGUGCAUAUGUAUUUGGUUUGUAUGCUCCCCUUUGUCUGCCAGGAGGACGCCCACCCGCCGCCCCUCCCUUCUCAUUGGCUGCUGCCCGGCUGCCCCCGGAGCCCAUUGGCUCGCUCCGACGCCCGCUUCUAUAAGAGGCCGGCAGCGCGGGACCGCGGGCCGACCCAGCUUGCAGCUAACUGCGCUCGAGGUGAGCGAGGCGGCCCUUUCCGCGGGCACCGGGAACCACUGCCGAGGCUUUGGCGGCGUUGGCAGGCACGGGGCUGAGCAGAGUCACCCUCCUGGAAGGUCUGUCUUCAAACAACAUCCCUGCUUUCAGAAGACUAAUUCAGUAGUGCUUUGUGCUACCUAGAUCAGUUUUAGAGAAUUACUCCAAAUUUAUCAUGAUUGAAGACAAUAAGGAGAACAAAGACCAUUCCUUAGAAAGGGGAAGAGCAAGUCUCAUUUUUUCUUUAAAAAAUGAAGUUGGUGGACUUAUAAAAGCCUUGAAAAUCUUUCAGGAGAAGCAUGUGAAUCUGUUACAUAUUGAGUCCCGAAAAUCAAAAAGAAGAAACUCAGAAUUUGAGAUUUUUGUUGACUGUGACAUCAACAGAGAACAACUGAAUGAUAUUUUUCAUCUGCUGAAGUCUCAUACCAAUGUUCUCUCUGUGAAUCCUCCAGAUAAUUUUACUGUGAAGGAAGAUGGUAUGGAAACUGUUCCUUGGUUUCCUAAGAAGAUUUCUGAUCUGGACCACUGUGCCAACAGAGUUCUGAUGUAUGGAUCUGAACUAGAUGCAGACCAUCCUGGCUUCAAAGACAAUGUCUACCGUAAACGUCGAAAGUAUUUUUCGGACUUGGCUAUGAACUAUAAACAUGGAGACCCUAUUCCAAAGGUUGAAUUCACUGAAGAGGAGAUUAAGACCUGGGGAACCGUAUUCCAAGAGCUCAACAAACUCUACCCAACCCAUGCUUGCAGAGAGUAUCUCAAAAACUUACCUUUGCUUUCUAAAUAUUGUGGAUAUCGGGAGGAUAAUAUCCCACAAUUGGAAGAUGUCUCAAACUUUUUAAAAGAGCGUACAGGUUUUUCUAUCCGUCCUGUAGCUGGUUACUUAUCACCAAGAGAUUUCUUAUCAGGUUUAGCCUUUCGAGUUUUUCACUGCACUCAAUACGUGAGACACAGUUCAGAUCCCUUCUAUACCCCAGAGCCAGAUACCUGCCAUGAACUCUUAGGUCAUGUCCCGCUUUUGGCUGAACCUAGUUUUGCCCAAUUCUCCCAAGAAAUUGGCUUGGCUUCUCUUGGAGCUUCAGAGGAGGCUGUUCAAAAACUGGCAACGUGCUACUUUUUCACUGUGGAGUUUGGUCUAUGUAAACAAGAUGGACAGCUAAGAGUCUUUGGUGCUGGCUUACUUUCUUCUAUCAGUGAACUCAAACAUGCACUUUCUGGAAAUGCCAAAGUAAAGCCCUUUGAUCCCAAGAUUACCUGCAAACAGGAAUGUCUUAUCACAACUUUUCAGGAUGUCUACUUUGUAUCUGAAAGCUUUGAAGAUGCAAAGGAGAAGAUGAGAGAAUUUACCAAAACAAUUAAGCGUCCAUUUGGAGUGAAGUAUAAUCCAUAUACACGGAGUAUUCAGAUCCUGAAAGACACCAAGAGCAUAACCAGUGCCAUGAAUGAGCUGCAGCAUGAUCUUGAUGUUGUCAGUGACGCCCUUGCUAAGGUCAGCAGGAAGCCAAGUAUCUAACAGUAGCCAGUCCUAAUCCAGGACCAUUUCAGCAUCAACUUGGAGGCCUCUGGGCCAUCUCUUGCUUUUCCUUUUCUUUUUAAAAAAUUUUACUUUAGGUGUAUACUAUAUCCAGCAUUUCUCCCCAUGUUAUCCCUCCCCACCUUCCCCACCCUCCGCUAUCCCUCCCCUACCCCCCUGCAACUGCCCCCAGUGUGUGAUGCUCCUCUCCCUAAGUCCACAUGUUCUCAUUGUUCAACACCCACCGAUGAGUGAGAACGUGUAGUGUUUAGUUUUCUGCAUCUCUUGCUUUUCUUGAAAACCUGAUCCUGGAGGGACAGCAUCUUCUGGCAAACAAUGUUAUCAAAUCCCACUCCUUAAUGAAUCGCUAGUCUUUGAAAAUUUGUAUCUGGAUAUUCUACCUACCACUUUUUUUUGUUUAGUUUUCUUUUUUUGGUAACAGCUUCAACGAGACAAUUUGUUUACCAUACAAGUCACUGACCACCCAUUUUUAAUAGAGAAGUCAUUUGACCCAAUAGAUAGAUCUAGUCUCAGCCUAACUCUAUUUUCCCCAAUGCUUCUUGAGUAAAAUGACUCUUUAUGAUCCUUUACAAUAACUUGAGGAGUAUUACAGCACUGACUCAUAUUGUUACCUGAGAUCCCCUUAUUUCUGAAGUAUCUGUUACUUAUUGCUGAAUUUGUGUCAAGCUCAAUCACAUUCACAUAAUAAAAUUUAAUAGGAGACCAGCUGUCUUUGUUGCCAGCAGGAGCAAAAGCAUAGAGACCUUUGUACAUGGAGCAUACCUAGUAAAGAGCAAGUAGUCUAGUUUCAAGUGUAGUGUCUUGUAGGGAAAUAGGAGUAGCUAAGCCUGGAAAGCUUGAUUGGGGCAUAAUCAUUAAGACCAGGCUAUGAAUUUGAGACUUUAUUUUUUGGCACUAGGGAGCCCUUUUCCAAGUAACUAUCUUCUUGGAAACUUUGUUUUCUUUCAAUGACAUCACAUGAUACUGGUUUUAUUCUAGACUAUCUAUCCUACUGAUGGGUCCAAGGGAAACUUAGUGGAAAUGCGACUUGCAUGGGGCUUUACUCAGACAUGUGGUCCUAGGUAUCAUAAUGGGAUUGUCCCCAGAAACAGGAAGCAUUGCUAUCAAAGGGAGAGUUCAAACUGAGAUAGAUGAGAGAAGUGCAAAGUAAAAGAUAGAAAAACAGUGCUGAGUAUUUUAUUUCUAAGGUAUAAGGUGAGGCCAUAAACAGGAAGCCAUGCAGUGAAAGUAGAAUCUACAGAAAAGGGGAGGAAAUAAAUGUCAGAAAGGUCAAGAAGAGCAGUUUGGGACUGAGACUGUAAGUAAUGUAAGGAUUUCAAGGACUGGUUUUUAUGCAGAGUCAGCUGUGUAGCACAGGGAGUAAGCAGUCCUGUUAUAAAUGGGUGAAGCUGGACUCCAAAAUACAAGCUUGUGUCUCUUUAAUUUGCCCCAUUCCUCUUCUAAAUGAAGAUGUUCUUCAAGUUUCUGUCUUUGGACCUCUUCCCUUUUUGCUAUCUUUUCAUGGGGAAUGUCAUCCAGAUAUAUGACUUCAGUUCUUAUUUUGAAUGACUACUUCAUUUGCAGUUAUAACCCUGACAUCUUUCUUGAAUUUUUUUUUCCUCUUAAUUCCAGCGAAUUCCUGGAUGUCCCUGUAGAUGUAUCAUAAUUUAGGCCAAUGCUGUACAACUUCAUGUGACACCAUCCACAUAGAAUGAAUAGGGGUUGUAUAAUAUGGUAGCUCUGCCAUGUAUCUCAAAUUGACCAUGUCUGUAUAGGAACUCGGAAUCACUUGAAUAUCAUGCUCCAUCAGCUUCCUCUCCCAGUAAUUUAAUUUCCAUGAAUGAUAUGUUAAACAUCAUAUUUACAAUCAUUUUCAGGCAUAAUCACCUACUUAAAAAAACUAUGCUUUUUUUCCACAUAAAUUGUACACCAUUUAACAUGCUUUAUUUCAACAGACUACUAGAUCUUUUAGUACUUCUUAGACCUCAAAAUAAAUUAUUAAAACUUUGUAUUUCAUGUCAUAUUAUAUAAGUAAAUAUAAGUUGAAAGAUGAAUUCAUGUUGUUUUAAAUUUUUACAUUACUUAUACUUUUAAUAGCUAAUCAAUUCUUAAGUAUAUGUUUGAUGGUAAACAGAUGCUAGUGAAUCUGGAAUCAUUUGAAAUAUUGAUGAGCUGGUUUAUAGUUUGGUUGCAAGGAAAUCUAUCGUAAGCAAAUCCUAAUAGAUAGCAAAUCUUAGAAUAUGUAGAAAAAAAGAAAGUAAAAAAUAGAUAGCAAAUAACACAAAUUAUGCAUACUAUAUAUAAUUAUUUUUAUACAAUUUUCAUCAUGGUGAAGAAUCAUACUUAUUGAAUUUUAAAAUAACGAUGUUUAAAAUCACUGACUAAAGCACAUGAAAAUAAAUGUUAAAAACAGAACCAUAUAAUUCACAACUUCAGAACAAUGGAAAUUUUUAAUGACAGAUUUCAGUUCUUCUAACCUCUGGGGAUUUGUGAUAUUUGGUAAAUCAAGAGUCCUGAGAGUCUUAGAAUUUUCAUGCAUUUUAAAUAUAUGUCUUCAAAGCAUCUAGGAAUAUGUAAAUAGUUACCCAAAUGUGAGAACAGAAUUGAACUAAAAGCUUCAUUCAUAAUUGUAUUUAUUUAUUUUUUAGAUAGAGCCUCACUCUGUUGCUCAGACUGAAAUGCAGUUGUGUGAUUUCAGCUCACUGCAACCUGGGAUUACAGGCAUGAGGCACCACGCCUGGCUCAUUUUUGUUUUUUUAGUAGAGAUGGGUUUCACCAUGUUGGCUAGGCUGGGCUCGAACUCCUGACCUCAGGUAAUCCACCUUGGCCUCCCAAAAUGCUGGGAUUAUAAGUGUGAGCCACCAUGCCCAGUUGGUUUAUAAUUCUUUAUCAGUGAAUCAUUAUUCAAAGACACAGUUAAUAUCCUACUGACUUUUUAAGGAUGCUCAAAAGCUGGUCUUCAGAAUGCCUGCAUUUCUUUACCUACAUAUUUUGUCAUUUGGAGUUAUACAAGUAGUAAGGACAUACCAAAAUACACUUAAUUGUUGUCAAUUUUUAAGUUGGCUUCCAAAUUAAAAAAGAAAAAAAAAUCCAGGAAUUCUGUAAAGGAAUCUAUAAUAGAGUCCAUAUAUUAAUUCCUAGAAAGUGUUUAAGAUACUGUGGUCUAUUUUAGUCUAGUCUUUGUUUUACUAUGUACUAUACAUUUAUGAUUUACAAGUUUGUUAUUCAAUGGGAUAAUAAAUGAACACAAAAUUUA